AUGGCGGACCGUCCGAGGUGCGAGCGGUGCACGGUGCGCAACCUCGACUGCACCGGGGGCAACCACGUCUUUGGGGUUCCGUGCCUUCCGUGCCAUGGCCGGGCCGUUCGCUGCUCCUUCAGCGCAGAGUACGCCCGUCGACAAGCCAUGGCGGACCGUCCAAGGUGCGAGCGGUGCACGGUGCGCAACCUCGACUGCACCGGAGGCAACCCGGCCUUCGGGGUUCGGUGCCUUCCGUGCAGCAAUGGCGGGUUCGCUCGCUGCACCUUCAGCGCGGCCCUGCCCCCGCCCCUAGCCCUGCCCCCAGGCCCGGGCCCGGGCCCGGUCGGCAGGAAGCGAGGCUUCGCCGCGGCGGUGGGGGGUGACGACGACAACCACGAUGAAGGCGCACCCCUCGCUGGCGGCGCCAGGGGGAAGCGGCGCCGGGUCUUGGAGGCCCCCGCUUCCGCCGCCGGUGCCCGCCCUGCCAGAGCCCCUCCAGCCGCAGCCCCUGUUAUUGCCGGCGCGGCCGGUGGUGGAGCAAUGGCGGCGGCGGCUCCUGCGGCGGCUCCGGCUCCCCUGGCGGGCGGGCGCAGGAGCCGCCGGGUCUUGGGGACCCCCGUUUACGCCUCCUCCCCGCUGCGCCUGCCAGGGCUGGUCCAGUCGCUGGAGUCGCAGCCCCUGUUAUAG